AUAACCUCCCAAACAUUAUCCCAAGCAAACAGGGGCUGGCUGGGGGAACACGGUGAAUCAAAACAAUCAUCCUGAAAGAGCAAAGUGAACAAGCACAUGAGGUGCAUCCAGCUCCAAUCUUCAUUGCUUUCCCAUUCCUUGCAUGCAAAACACAAACCCAAGCUACAUCAUAUCAUGCAGAAGACCCAAUUAUUUUGGCUUUCUACCACCCACCAACCUCCACGGGGCCAUCACCUCCCUUCAGCAAGCUCAUUGAGUACCAAGGCACUCUCACAUUGUGUAGUCGUUGCUAAUGCUAUUACCCCCCCAGCCAAAUCCGGUGACAUAUCCACCUUGCUUCCAAUAAGUGCUGUGCUUCUAUUAGUGUACUUCGUAGGGAAUUUUGUCGUGCCAGGUUUCCUUACCAAGUCUUUCGGAUAUGAUAACUCGAACGAAGACCAGGAAAUUGAUGAUGGAGAUGAAACAGAAGAAGAUGAAUAGACAGCUACAGCCAAGGAAGAAACAGGAUUACUAAAAUGUGAGAAUUGAGCUUACCAUGCUUCACCCAUACUGCAUAGUUGUUUGAAUUUGUCUUUUGUUUGCCUUCAGAUUACAAAAACAUUACCCAGAGUCAUUUGUGUUGGCCCUUAUUACGUACGGUAUCAGCUAUUCUAGACUUGGUAGCGAUUACAAUUUCAUGAAACCAAAUUGUUCCUGCCCUUGCUUCGGCGGGAUUUCUAUCUUAAU